UUGCCCUUGUUCCCGCCAUUGCUAAAAGUGAAUUCCAAUUUCCAGCCAAAUGACUACCAUUCUCCACUCUAUCAUCCCCUUCCGAACAAUUAACUUUUCACUCUCUAAUUCUCUCUCAAAUUCCCGAAAAUCCUCGCUCAAUUGUUCAUCAAUUCACCCUUUAAAACGCCGAUUUCAAUUAGGGUUUUGGGUAACAAAAUCUCGAUUUUCUCUGAAUUCUUCCUUCAAUGAAGGUGACCCAAAUGGCUCAGUUGAGGUUCUUCAGGUUCCUGAUCAUUGGCUUGAACCUGCCAAAGCUCUUCAAGAAUCUGAGUGGCUUAGAGUGGCACUUCAUAAGUGGUUAGAUGAUGAGUAUUGUCCUGAACCAACUAAUAACGACAUCAGUAAGGUUGCUGCCAACUCUUAUUACCAGUCAUUGUUGCAGAAGACUACUGAUCUGGGUGAGAUUUUGUUGAAAAUGGCCCGUCAACUAGAAUCUAUUUCAUACCAGGAAAGCUUUCAUGGAGCUUUCUCUUCUGCCAAUGCUGCUGUUGAUCUAAUUGCUCAGAGGAUAGAGCAAGACUAGAUAUGUUUCUUUCUGUCUUAAUUCUUCUUUAUUGCUUUCCGCCCAUCUCCACCCUCAUCCCUACCUUGCGUGGAAGCUGUAGGAAAAGUGAAAUACAAGAGAGGAGUUUUACGGUUUACCUUGGUUCUUUAGAACAGCUAGUAGUUGUUCUUAUCUGAUCAUUUGUACCAUAUAUGUUUAUAUACAGUUCACAUGCCUAAUGUGUGCCCUUUCCAUUCUAAAGCUGUUUUAUCUCAAUAAUUAUACAUCA